GGCUGCACACGAGACGCCAGCUGCGGGAAGCGGCGGCUGCCUGAGGUGCUGACCUGCGGUGAUGGAGCCGCCUAAGGUGGAAAAGUUCAGCUCCGCCAACAGGGGAAACGGGCUGCGCGCCUUGGCGCAGCUGCGCCCCGGAGAGCUGCUCUUCCGCUCGGAUCCCUUGGCGUACACGGUGUGCAAGGGGAGCCGUGGCGUCGUCUGCGACCGCUGCCUCCUCGGGAAGGAAAAACUGAUGCGAUGCUCUCAGUGCCGAGUUGCCAAAUACUGCAGUGCCAAGUGCCAGAAGAAAGCUUGGCAAGACCACAAGCGGGAAUGCAAAUGUCUAAAAAGCUGCAAACCCAGGUAUCCCCCGGAUUCCGUUCGACUUCUUGGCAGAGUUGUUUUCAAACUUAUGGAAGAAACACCCUCUGAAUCGGAGAAACUUUAUUCAUUUUAUGAUCUGGAGUCAAAUAUUAACAAACUGACUGAAGAUAAGAAAGAGGGUCUCAGGCAACUUGUAAUGACUUUCCAACAUUUCAUGAGAGAAGAAAUACAGGAUGCUUCUCAGCUGCCACCUUCCUUUGACAUUUUUGAAGCUUUUGCAAAAGUGAUCUGUAACUCCUUCACCAUCUGUAAUGCGGAGAUGCAGGAAGUUGGCGUUGGUCUAUACCCGAGUAUGUCUUUGCUCAAUCACAGCUGUGACCCCAACUGUUCCAUUGUGUUCAACGGGCCCCACCUCUUGCUGCGCGCGGUCCGCGACAUCGAGGCGGGGGAGGAGCUCACCAUCUGCUACCUGGACAUGCUGAUGACCAGCGAGGAGCGCCGGAAGCAGCUAAGGGACCAGUACUGCUUUGAAUGUGACUGCAUCCGAUGCCAGACCCAAGACAAGGAUGCUGAUAUGCUGACUGGUGAUGAACAAGUAUGGAAGGAGGUUCAAGAAUCCCUGAAAAAAAUUGAGGAGCUGAAGGCACAUUGGAAGUGGGAGCAGGUACUGGCCAUGUGCCAGACGAUCAUCAGCAGCAACUCAGAGCGGCUUCCUGACAUCAACAUCUACCAGCUGAAGGUGCUGGACUGCGCCAUGGACGCCUGCAUCAACCUUGGCCUGCUGGAGGAGGCCUUGUUCUAUGGGGUUCGGACCAUGGAGCCAUAUAGGAUCUUCUUCCCAGGAAGCCACCCGGUCCGAGGCGUGCAGGUCAUGAAGGUCGGCAAGCUGCAGCUGCACCAGGGCAUGUUCCCGCAGGCCAUGAAGAACCUGAGGCUGGCGUUUGAUAUUAUGAGAGUGACGCACGGCAGAGAGCACAGCCUGAUCGAAGACCUCAUCUUGCUCUUAGAAGAAUGCGAUGCCCACAUAAGGGCAUCCUAAGGGGGCACAGGCAGAGGCAGGGACGGCUCACACCCACAUCGGACGCCUCGUGGAGGUCACCCACGCCGCCCUGUUGUGCCGGCCGCCCCGCCGCAAACGCUAGGCUGUGUGUGUGUGUGUGUGUGUGUGUGUGUGUGUGUGUGUGUGUGUUGUGUGUGUGUGUGGGUAAACAGGCAGACACACCACAUGCAAACCACAAGAAUCAUUAGUUGUAGAGAAGCACAAUAAUAAUAAAUACAAAAAGGUUGGCUGAAUCUGCCAUUGGUCAUUCUUUGCUUCGCUUACUCGUUGGCGACGAUAAUGUUCAACAGCUCAACACGAAAGCCAGAACGUUCUAGUAAAAGCAUGGCAGAGUAAGUCGAACUUCCUCCUUCGAUAUCUGGGGGAUAAUUGGUCAAUGUUUUUACAAGCAAAAACUUAAUGUCCAUUUUGUCAAGAAAGCAGAACUUCAGGUGUUUUCUUUACUGUUUGUAGUAAAUGAUAUGUGUGUCCGUUAUUACUCCCCACUACACCUCUAAUACAGAAAGUUCUAUCCCGAGUCCUAGAAAGAAGUCAUUUUAGGUGUUAUUAGAGAAGCACAGGAAGUCUUCAUGGAAAAUAAAUGUUUUCUUCAAAUGUC